CGACUUCGCUGGAUACAGUACAAUUCUUUAUUGCCUACCUUUGCGCCGUGCUGCUGGCAGUACACUCACUCAAUACCUGACUAUAUUUUGACCUAAUUUCUCCGCACCUACCAGCCAUGGCUCAAGGACUGCUCAAGAAGGCGAAGGCCAAUACUUCUACGAAACGCCCCUCAGCCCUCGGCCCCAAGAAGGGAACAAACGGGCAGAUUGCGCCGAAGAAAGCCUCGUUGAUCAAGCAGCAAAAGAUUACCAAGAAACUAUCAGCUGGGUUGACUGCGAAGACGGAACGGAAUCUCGCGCAGCGGGCGGGUCAUCUUGAGUUACUUGCUGGAGGGAAGAAGGAUAAGAAAUCGGGCAAGGAUAAGGGGAAGAGCGGGAAAUAAAUGAGAGAAAGAAAAGAAGGAGAUGUUUAUUCUAUGUGAUGCUAUACAUCUGCGUUUGUUUCAUGUGGCUUUUUUUAGAAUUGGAUAUAGUGUCAGUAUCGAGGUGAUACUGGCAAUAGUUUUAGAUACCCAACUAUUCUAUCGUGGUUUCUGAUGUGCAUGCAAAAGUAAGUCGA